AUAUCCAAUCUAGUAAUAGAGUGUUCAAUGGAUUGUCAACACCAGCCGGACCAUCAUAAAUUCUUCGAGGGCGAAGAUCACAGUAAUGACUAUACGAAAUUUCGACCCAAGACCCCCAAACAAUGUAUUCAGUGGAUUGUGGAAUAUUUGAGUGAACAGAUCACCAAGAAAAAUGGAAAAUUUUCAGCCGCAGCUGAUAUUGGCUGCGGAACUGGUCAGUGUACCGUGCUGUUGGCCGAUUACUUUCAAAAUGUUCAUGGCUUUGAUGUUGCUGAGAGUCAGAUCAAUCAAGCCAAUAGAGAUAACCAGCAUAGUAAUGUUUCCUACUCGGUGUCGCCAGCUGAACAGAUUCCUCUGCCUGACCAUUCCCUGGACUUAAUUACUUGUUCUCAGUGCUUCCAUUGGUUCGAUUUCGAAAACUUCUACACCGAAGUCAAUCGUCUAUUGAAACCGGGCGGGGUACUCGCUCUGAUCACUUACAUUCGACCAUUAAUUGUACAUAGCGACAACGAAAUCAGAAACCUGAUACGCAAUUCAUUCACCAGUCCGCCGUUGAAUGCUUUCGUCGACGAAAAAUUGAAAAUUGUCGAUAAUGGUUAUGCUGAUGUGGUGUUGCCAUUCAAUGAUGUCCAGCGCAGGGAAACGAAAAUUUAUGCUGACGGUGUGACCGGAUCACAUAUCAUUGGGUACAUCAAGUCGUGGUCAUCGUACGGACGUUGUGUUCAGGACGAAUCGGAAUCGGCGAAGAGAUUGAUUGGUGAUAUUGAGAGCAGAAUUAAAAGCAAAACAGGUAAGGAUGUUACGGAUGGCCAAUUCACUCUUGAGACACCGUUCUAUGUGUUAAUGGCAAGGAAAUAAUUUGUCGUUGCUUAGAGAUGAGCGGGGGGUUAAUCGAACUUGGUAGAAUGACCAAGCAUGACUUGACUUAAUUUUAGGUUUUGGGUUCUCGGGUUUCAAAACUGUAAAGCGGGCCGGGUUUCGAAAAUUUGAUUCGGGCUGGAUUCGGGUCGAAUUGGGUUUCGGAAAUACUCGACCCGCUCCUCUCUAGUCGUUGUGAAUAAAUGACGAAUGAAAUUCAUCUGAGUUUACAGUUUCAUUUAUUGAA